ACAAAUUAAUGCUGGACAAAAGAAAACCGCGCUAGCUAAAAUGAAAAUUAAACUAAAUUGUCAAAUAAGCUAUAUAAUAGAUUAUAAACUAGGCUAUAAACAAAAAUAUUUUCCUACUGUGAUAGAAUCUUUCUUUUUUUAUCUCUCGAAUUUUGUUUUUUUAUUAUUUAAUAUAAUUUACUAUUUAAAACUAACUAAAAACUUAGCCGGCUUCAAUUAUACUAUAAGCCAACGCCGACAUAUUUAGUAUGAGCUGCCGUCGCAGUUAAUAUUUGUCGGCUUGUUGUUUUUUUAGCGCGCUUGGGUUGUUAAUUUAUAUUUUUGCUCUCGCCAAAAAAACGUGAAUUAUAUUUUGUUUAUAUUUAUAUUUUACUAAAAGUUGCUUUAAAAAUUUAAAAUAAAUAUUGAAAAAUAUUAAACUAUAUAAUGGAUACUUGCAUAUUAUGCAAAUCUAAUAAAAAAGAUGAUAUACAAUAUGGAGAAUUUUUAAAAAAUAAACAUUUCGGUGUACACACCUAUUGUCUGUAUUUAUCUUCAAAUCUAUCACAAAAUGGUGAAGAUGACGAAGGCUUCUUGGGUUUCUUAGAGGCUGAUAUUAAACAAGAAGUGCAGCGUAUAAGUCUGUUGAAAUGCUGUUAUUGUCAUAAAAAAUAUGCCAAUAUUGGCUGUUGUAAUAUAAAAUGUCGUCGUACUUUUCAUUUUAUUUGUGGUUUGGAACAUAAUGCUGAAAAUCAAUUUUGCCAUGAUUAUCGCUCCUAUUGUAAUAGCCAUGUUAAGAAAGUCAAACAACGACCGUCUCCUAAGGAGACUUGUCUGAUAUGUUAUGAUAAUUUGUGUGGAGCUGAUGAGAAAUUCAAUAGCGUUAAUAUGAUUUUGACUCCUUGUUGUCGUAAUGGUUGGUUUCACAAGCUGUGCUUACAAAAGUUUGCCAAGACGGCGGGUUAUUUCUUUAAGUGUCCGCUUUGCAAUGAUUCUGAUGUUUUUCGUGAAAAACUACCAGCUAGAGGAAUAUUUAUACCGAAUCAAGAUGCUGCCUGGGAACUUGAACCCAAUGCCUUUGCCGAACUCCUAGAAAGACCUAACGAAUGUGCGGCCCAAGAGUGCAAAAAUCGUAAAGGCCGUAAGGCAAGUAGUGAUCUUAAUCCCUUCAUAAUGUGCAGUACAUGCGGCUCCACAGCAAUGCAUCGACAAUGUUUGCCCAAUGGUGGCAAACGAUUUCACUGUGCCGACUGUACAAUAGCUUUGGAAGAAGGUGAUAGUGGACGAGAAAGUCUUAAUUUACAUUUACAGACGACGGCAGAUAAUGAGGAAGAAGAGAUUGAUGUGUGUCAUGUUAGUGAUAAGGAAGAUUUAGAUAUAGUUAAUAGAUUAAUAGCAACAAAUGCGAAUAGAAUAGAGAAUAAAAGAGAUUCCGGAACGCAUCAUAAUGAUGAUGAUGAUGAUGAGAGUACAGAUGACGAAGAGAUGAAAUUGGCAACAGUAAGAAGACAAAAAAGAGAAAAUAAUAGACGUUUAAGAAGUGAUUCGGAAAACUCGGAUUUGCCACAGACCUCAAGAACCAUUAAAAGUACAAGAACUUUAAGAAUAAGAAGUGAUACGGAAACAAGUAACGAUAUUUCAGAUGAUGAAAUUAAACCUAGAAGUAAAGUUAAUAUAAGACGUUUAAAUACGGAUAGUGAAAGUAGUAAACAAGAUAAUUGCUCCAGUGAUGAAGAGGAGAUAAAGCUGACACAACGUAAACGAAAGUGUAAUAGUGUUUUAAAGGAUUCCGAUGAAGAUGAAGAGGAUAAGGCAGUGGGAACAGCUAAACACAAACGUUUAGAGGAAAAGGUAAACAUAAUGGAAAACGUAGAUUUGGAUGAGACUUUAAUGAGUGCAGAAAGUGAUGAUGACGAUGAUCCUUUGGAAAAUUUUUCAAAAAUUGUAGAAAAACAAAAGAAUAUCAGCUGUAUAGCAUUAAGAACUAGACGAUCUCUUACACAAAAAACAAACCACCAACAACACAUGUCAGCGACAACUUCUAACGAAAAGGAAAAUAAAAAGAAUGAAGUUAAUUUAAGAAAUAAUCAAAGAUUUCCAAGGGAACCAAAACGAGAGAAAAGUAAAUUUGUGCCCUUAAAAGAUGAAGAUGAAAAUCGUGAAAACAAUUUGGAUAUAUCCUGCAUAGCUAAAAGAACAAGACGUAGAUCUUUAAAUUGUACAAAUGCCACUAAAACAAAUAGUGAAUCUAUGAAACAACAAAAGGAAAAUCCCUUAAAUAUAUCCUGUAUAGCGGUAAGAACUAGACGUAAAACAAUAUGUGCCGAAAGCAAAUACACUCCUCAAUCACUUUAUGAAAUGUCACAAAUCUAUGAAAAAGUCCAUGAAUCGGAUGAAGAACUGCUAACAGCAAGUGAAACAGAUGAAGAUGUAGACAAGGAAUCACAAUUACAUGAGAUUAUGGUCGAUACAGAUUUGGAUAAUUUCAUAGUGGACGAUGGUUAUGAGGAAAAGGAUAGUAAAUUUGAAAUAUCCUGUAUAGCAAAUCGUACACGUAAAAGGAAAUCUUUAAAAACCGAUAAUAAGUCUCUACAAUCUAUAAGUGAAUAUGAUUCCGAUUGUAGUUCUACAACAAACACUAACUCUUCUGUCAACUCUAAUAGUCAUCUUCUAACGGCUAAUAUUAACAUAAGAAAACGUUUCAACUCAAAUUCUUCACAGGAUUUCAAUUGCUCACCCUCAUUCAAUACUUCCUCUUCCGGUAAUGAUCUAAAAACUAAAACCAUUUCACCCUCACUCUUGCUGGACAAAUUGCCUCAACGUAAUUAUGCUGCUUAUCUUCCAAGUAAAUAUUCUACAAAAUCCUCUCACAACACAACAGAUGCUAUACAUCAUUCACGUCAACACUAUCAUCCACCUGUUUCCUAUCAUCCUCAUAGUAAUAAUCGCAAAAGAUUAUAAACUUUAUUUAUAUAUUGUUUAAAUUUCUCUAAAAGCUAAAUGAAAAUCUUUAGUUUAUUUGUUGUGUGAUUUUCGAAACUAAAUUCUAUUAUAAAAUUUGUUAUAUUUUUUUUAUACUGAUAUUUUUCUAUAUAAGCCAUUAACAUUUAUUUUUCUCUCUCUCUCUGCAUUAGAUCUAUUCUAUUACUUUUACCAAGAAGUAUUUUUUUGUGCUAUUUUUUGUAAUUUAAUAUACUAUUUACUCAUAUUAUAUGUACGAAAAAC